GGCACACACACGCACACGCACACACACACACACACACACGCACGCAUGCACACACACACACACACACACACACACACACCCUAUGUGGCAGUAGAGAGAAGGAGAUCUUAGCCUGAAGGACUAACUGCAUCUAAACAGCUGAAAGGUUUAUUUAAACCGCCCCUCAGACCUUUCUCAUCCAGUGACCUCGUGGUUCUCGUUAUGGCCUCUGCUGCUGCAUCACCCAAAGGGACCUGUUUGCUGGAGAAGCAGUUAACAUGCUCCAUCUGCAUGGACGUGUUUCAGGAUCCCGUCACUACAGCUUGUGGCCACACCUUCUGUAAGAGGUGCCUGGACAUCAACUGUCAGUACCAAUACAGCGAGUGCCCCCUGUGCAGGAGUCUUCUGAGCAACACGGCAGCUGUGAACAUCGUCCUCAGAGACAUCAUCCGGCAGCGUAAAUUGGAAAAGUCUGAGAAGAAAAACAAAAGUAUCUUCACUGGGAAGGACGGCGAAGUGGCCUGUGACAUGUGCACAGAGCAAAAGCUCCAGGCCGAGAAGUCCUGCCUGGUGUGUCUUGCCUCGUACUGUUCCACCCACCUGCAGAAUCAUGCUUCAACCGAAAGGCUGAAGGGUCACAAGUUAGUGGCACCAGUGAAGAACUUGGACGACAGGGCCUGUCUGAAGCAUGGGCGCCCCCUGGAGCUGUACAGCAAGAAGCAGCAGAGAUGCAUCUGCGUCCGCUGUCUGGAGGAAGGUCCAGAGGAGGUUGUCUCCAACGAGGACGAGUGGGAGAAGAAGAAGGUUGAACUUGAAAACGCCAAAACAGAACUAGAGGCAAAGAUUCAGAAGAGAGAAACACAACUGGACGAGCUCGAUAAAUCUCUGAAGAGCUGCAAGGACCUGCUGGAGAAUGAGUGUUGGGACAUUGAGGCCGUGUUCGCCGCCGUGCUCGCCAUCGUGGAGGAGGCCCGGGCGAGAGCUCUUCAGCCACUGAAGGACAGGAGGCAGGUCGUGGAGAAGGAGGCAGAGAACCUCAAACAGGAUCUGGAAGCGGAGAUCAGCCGCUUCCAGACGACCAUCUCUGAGCUGGAUGACAUUAGUACACUUGAGGAUCACAUCCAAUUCCUGCAGAACUACCCAUCUCUUCAGGAGCUGGACGACAUCAAGGACUGGGUCGAUGUUCAGUUGGACACGUCACUGUCUUUUGGGACGAUGAGAAAAACCACAGCUAUUAUGAAAGAAAAAGUCCAACAGGAGCUGGAGAAGCUGACGUCCAUCGAACUCGGGAGAAUUCCAAAGUUCACAGUGGACGUGAAGCUGGAUCCAGCCACCGCGCACCGACACCUUGUUCUUUCUGAUGACGGAAAGGAAGUGAAAGACGGAGAGGAGGAUCCGGAAGUCGACGAUGCACCGGAGAGGUUUGACAUGUUCGGCAGCGUCCUGGGGCUCAACGGCUUCACCUCUGGGAAGUCAUACUGGGAGGUGGAGGUCGGCAACAAGACCGGGUGGGACCUGGGCGUGGCCAGAGGGGACGCAAACCGCAAGGGGAAGCUCUCGCUGAACCCAGACAACGGCUACUGGGCGACUGUGCACUACGACAACGACAAGUACGCGGCUCUGACAGCAACGCCGCUGCUUCUCUCGCUGCUGCUCAAACCGGAGAAGGUGGGGGUGUUCGUGGACUACGAGGAAGAUCUUGUGUCUUUCUACAACGUGACGGCUCAGUCUCACGUUUACUCUUUCACUGGGUGUUCGUUCGGCGGUGAACUUUUCCCGUAUUUCAGUCCACACCGAAAGCAAGACGAUGAAAGCGGUGAUCCGCUGAUUAUCUCAUCCGUGAAACAAUGUGAACAAAUCAUGGAUGAGUCAUGAAGAGUAGAUGUGUGUGUUUGAUUUGUUUUGGUAGAGGUGGAGGGGGAAUUAAACACAUUCCCAACUUUGGGUUACCAUAGUUACUGUUCUCAGCAGACUGUAAAUAAAGAUGGCCGACGUGUCUCCACUUCCUCACGCUGCACAAAUAUGAAGCCAAAAUAUCCCUGAUACAGGCGUCGCCAUCUUCAGCUGGUGAAGUAAUUUUAUUUAAAAUCGUGGUCCAUGAUUAAUUGAUUGGUCCAUGCCCCAUUCACUAACAUGGAGGAGGUGGGGUUUAUGACCUAUUCUACAGCCAGCCACCGGGGGGCGAUCAUAUUUUCUGUCUUUACUUUUGGGAGCUGUCAUGUCCUCCAUUUUUACACACGAUUUUUUAAGAGUAGAAACCAAAGUCUGUCAUGUGAUUAUUUACCAACCAAUGAACUUGUACCUGUGUCCUGUCUGACCACUAGAGGCGCUAUGGAGACAGAUGUUACAGAUUUCAAUAUUUAGUUUUAUAUGUUUUAUGAUCAUUAAAUGCAUUUGUCACAACUUUGAGGCUGAGAAGACAUUUUUUUGUACAUAUGUGAAACUUGAUGUUGCUCAGUAAAGUGUAGUUUUCUAAUUUCUCAUUUCACCAAAACGUGUUUGGGUGAAGGGACCAAAUAAAAAUACAUAAUUCCAAAAA